AUGUUUUCCGCACUGACGCCGCCUGCGGCGCUAUCGAGCCGCAAACUUCGCGAGCACGUGGCAGCACAUCGACCCGAGCUCAUCCCGCUCUUCAAGCUGUUCCACAAGGCCGACAACAGCCAGCAGCCAUGGGAGAUGGAGACCCCCGUCGACGCGGUGAAGCUAAGCACGUUUCUACAUUCGAAAAUGUUGCUGUCGCCCGAGUUGAAUCGAAACUCGCCAUGCUACAUUGCGCGCCGCAUUGUGCAGCUCUACAUUAAACUCAUGUACAUUGCAACGUUCCCCCCACACGAGAUCGAUGAAUACGGGAGCCUUGGCGACCAAGAGUACGACGAAGUCCGCAUGGUUCGCUACCUCUUGCACAACGGCCAGCCUUCCUUCGACGUUGAGCACAUCUAUCGGCUCGCAGCCAUGCUAGGCAUCUCGUACCACGCAGACCUGUGGAACGACGUGAUGAAAUUUGUCACGUGUGCCCUGCCAUUUGCCGAGCACACUGAGUCGCUUCUGGUGCGCGGGUCCGACGACCGGUCGAUCUUGGACCCCGCUACGAAAACGAACAAGUACAACACGUCCACAAUUCCGCCCGUGCACCAGUCUCAAGCGUGGAUCAGCCGUGCGAGCUGCACGAGCUCGAGCAUUUCCCUCGACCAAUUCACCGUGUGCGAAGCGCAGCGGCAGGAGCUCCUCCUCGCGUCGCUUUCAAUCAACAACGACAAUAUUCGAGACAUCUUUGACCGAAAGAUGCACAACGUCCGCGUCCGCCUCGCCGACUGCUUGGGUCUCCGCUCUCACUUUGACGACCACGACUUUCAAGCGAUCAUAUCGCCGUCGGGCACGGACGCUGAACUCCUCGCGACAUCGGUCGCCCUCGCACGCUUGGAAUCCAUCCAUACAGACGCAAACCCCCUCGGAACCGUCACGACGAUUGUGACCGCCCAGGGGGAGAUCGGCCGCGGAUCCGUGCCAGCGUCAUCCGGUCAGCACUUCAGCCAACUGACCCCUAGCGGCGAAGCCGUCGAAGUGGGCGCUCCGUUGUGUGCGUUUCCAUCGGCUCGCGUGCGAUGCACUCAAGUGCCAGCUCGUCAUGAAGACGGCUCGGUCGUCGACGCCGACGCGAUCACGUCCCAAGCUGUGCAUGAUGCGCUGGCGUCUAACCCGAACAACGUCGCGCUGCUGCAUGUUGUCAUGGGGUCCAAGACUGGCCUGAGUUGUCCGAGUCUGCACGCCGUCCACGAGUUGGUGUCGACGUACGGCACCCGCUUGGUCAUCGUCAUCGACGCGUGCCAAAUGCGGCUCGAUCGAGGCGCCCUCGUGGACUUUAUCCAGCGCGGAUAUGUCGUUCUGGUCACGGGCUCCAAAUUUUUCGCCGGGGUGCCAUUCUGCGGCAGCGUCUUGGUCCCGGCGCAGUCCGUAUACGAACUCAACGUGGCCGACCCGAGCCUUUGCUUCCCCGCGGGGUACGCCGCCUACUUCACCAAGUUUGAGUUUCCUCCAUUUUGCAUGCAAAACGUCCGCGCUGUUCUCCCGACACGGAUGAACGUGGGGCUCCUCCUCCGAUGGGAAACCGCUUUGGUCCAUAUGGAAGUGUAUGCGUCGAUCCCUCCCGCCAUGGUUGCGCAGAUCUCGCACGAGUACAUUGGACGUGCCAAGAGCAUGCUAGCCACCCACACCCAUGUCGCUCUCCUCGACCCAUUCGACGCCCCUGCCAAGGCGCUGAAGCCGAAGCCUCCCGUGUCCGCAGACACGGGUCUCCCCAUCCAACCUCUUGACACGAUCGUGUCGUUUCAUGUUGUGGAUGGCGCGAACGGAUUCUUGAGCUUGGACAAGCUCAAGGUGGUGCACCUCCUCCUGUCCAAGGACAUUUCGAGCGUCGUCGCGAGCACCAACGAAGUCGCUCUCGCCCAGAAGAAGUGCCUCGUUGGCCAGCCGGUGUCGUUGGGGAAGCUCCCCUACGGUGUCCUUCGCAUUGCGCUCGGCGCCGACAUGGUAAAUCACAUCUUCCAAGGCACCAAGACCAUGUCCGAGCUUGUCCUGGAAGACGCCAUCAUCUUGCGCAAGAUCGAGCUCAUUUUAAACCACUGGGACGCUCUUUGCGCCCGUUUCGUCCACGUCCCGACCGCGUCCCCCAUGACAUUGCCGGCUGCAUCCAUCGACACGAGUCAAUCGACGCCGACGUCGUCUCGGUGGAACUUCAGCGCCAAGUCGUCGCACUGCAGCUCGGUCGUCCAGCACUUGGUGGAAGAAUGCCUCGUGGCGGCGCCGCGCACGAUUCUGUACGAUUUGGACGCGGUCGACAUGGCGUUCCAAGCUCUGAUGGCGCCAUUUCCACCGCAUUUUGAACAACGCUUUGCCGUGGGAGCAUGCCCGCUGUCGUUUUUCUUACGUCGGGCAAUUGAAAACGAUGUCGGGCUCACGUGCACCACAAUCGUCGAAGUGCACCACGCGCUGCGCCUCGGGUGUGCGCCGCACAAGAUUGUGUUCACCGCCCCCCACAAAUCUCCAAGUGACAUUGCCGAUGCGAUCAAUGCCGGCGUCGAGGUCAACGCCGACUCGUUCGAAGAACUCGAUAUUAUCAAGGCCCAUGCCCAGCAGCGCUUCCAGUCCAACUUUCCAGAAUGCACUCCCCGAUAUGCAGGGGAGCUCCCCCGCAUCGGACUGCGCGUCCACGCGUGCUUGCACACGGCUGCUCCGAAAUGGUGCACGGGCAUCUCGCUGACGAAACCGAACCGGGCCAAACUCGUCCAAGCAUUUCAUGACAACCCGUGGAUCACAGGGCUCGCCGUAGCGUGCUGUGCCGACUGCCCCGCUGGCGUCUCGUCCAUGCAGCAGCUCGCGCACGGAGCACGUGUGAUCUGCGACCUCGCCAAAGAAAUCGACGCGACUGUGGGAGAGGACCGUGUCAAGGUACUCAACCUCGGCGGACGUGGCCUCACUGCCAACUUCGAGUCGGACGACGUGUCCCCAACCCUGGCCGAAUUUGUCGAUGUCCUCAAACACGAAGCGCCGAGCGUUCUCGAACGCAGCAAUGGCCGCACGAUCGUGACCGAGUACGGCUCGUACGUCAGUGCCAAGGUCGGAUGGACCCUGCAUCAGGUCGACUGCAUCCGAGAAGCGGCCACCGACGACGACGUGACGAAUACAAUCGUGGUGCGCGCCGACAGCGCCUUCUUCACCACGCGGCGCACCCACACGUCGACAUCGGAGCCCACAUUCCAGCACCGCGUGUCAGUUUUCAAAUCCGACGGACUCACGUCUACGGCCAAGGACGUGGCGCAGCAAGUCGUGAGCUUUAUGGAACCGGGGGCCACCGAUGCUGUAUGCGUUCGACCUUUGACUGUGCCGAAACUCGAACGAGGAGACUUUCUCGUGGUGCAUGACACUGGUGCGAUGAACAACGUGGAUGGCGCUGCAGUGUACGGGUAUCGCCACGACGACGACGAGAUCAAAGUGGUGCUGCUAAAACCAGCCCAUACGCUGGAGCAGGCCAUGCAGCUGUGGAGCUAAGGCAGUCGUACCACGCGGCGGAGGGCAGCAAGUGCAGUGUAACAUAAUAUUUUGUACGAUGCGGGGUGGGUCCCUCGCUACUUUUGAGUGCGC